GGCGCCCGCCACCCCCCAAGACCUCCCCCGCCGCCCCCGGCCGCGAUGCCCACCCCCCGGGGCCCCGGCGGCCCGCGCCUCUGCUAGGCUGCGGCGGCAUGGCCCGCGAGCCCGGCGCGACCUCUGCGGAUUGCAUCGGUGUGCGGCGGCGGGGCAUGCCCAGGGCACCGGGCACGGCCUUCAAUGGGCGAGGACACGGACACGCGGAAAAUUAACCACAGCUUCCUGCGGGACCACAGCUAUGUGACCGAAGUGUUCAGCAGCAGCUGGGGCACGGCCUGGC